AUGUAUGUAUGUGCGUGUGGAUGGGAGGUUUCACUUUGGGAGCUGGCAAUCAAAAAGGCCAAUUGUUUCUUGAUACUGUGGACACCUCUUUCCUUACAAGAUACGCUCUUUAUGAAUAGCACCGCCACUCAUCCCACUGACGUACUCGCCGAUGCCUUCAAUCAGCAAGCUAGUCUAAGUCCUGGACCCAUGUUAACGCCUUCACAACUGGUUGGCAUGCUUCAGAACCACCCAACGACACCACCGCCCCUUUUGAUUGACGUCCGCCGCUACGACGAUUACGAAAGAACGCACAUUCGACACUCGCUCAAUGUCAGUAUCCCGUCACUACUGGUGAAGCGAUAUCAGCGUGGACAAAUCGUAUCCAACUUUUCACUAGAAAGUUUCAUUGCUACCGAGGAAGGAAAAGAGUACUAUGAAAAAUGGCGAGGCAAUGUCAUUGUUGUAUAUGAUGCUGAUCGUAUCAUCACUGAUCAUGCAGCCAUGCUAUUGACGGUGCUCAAGAAUGAUCAACGUGCAGUAUAUGGUGUUGAAGGUGGAUUCGAAGCUAUUUGGGCGCAUGAUCCAUGGGCCAAUUAUAUGGUUGGUCCACCGCUUAUGCAGGCAUCCAAGAGCGCACGCACGACAAGUAGAGCAAACCAUGGCAACAAUGACGCACCAAACGAUGGGUCAAAUACCAAUGUUCAUCGACGAUCAAGUCUUUUCAGCUUGGAUACGAGUCGUUUACAUCAUUACAAUCGUGUUAAAGCGAGUCGACACCAUCAUCAUCAGCUGCCACCUCCUACACAGCCACGUAAACUCGCUUUCACCUCAGCCCCCACAGACAACAACAACAACGCCACAACCACGAAUACCAACAAACAAAUAUCGAGAAAGGAUUAUGAGCCAUCAUCAACAGCAAUACCAGCACCUUGUGAAUCGAGCAGCUUUGUCAUAUCGGAAAUCAUUCCGGGUUUCUUGUUUCUCGGUCCCGAGAUUUCCGAUCAGGAACAGCUCAACAAAUUACUAUCACAUUCGAUUCGACGUAUCCUCAAUAUGGCUGAAGAAUGCAAUGAUGAUGUUCCUGGAUUGAAGGAUAAGAUCAGGUAUUUCAAAUUAAAGGCUCGAGAUACGAUUGCGAUGGAAAAUGUGGAACAAACAUUGCGGGAAGCUGUCAAGGUUAUUGAUACUGCAAAGGAGCAUCACGAGCCAAUUUAUGUCCAUUGCAAAGCUGGCAAAUCAAGAUCUGUGGCUGCUAUUCUCGCUUAUUUGGUUAUGACGGAGCAUUGGUCACUCAAAAGAGCUUAUCAACAUGUCAUCAAAGUACGACCGAGUAUGUCACCCAACAUUGGAUUUGUCGCCGAGCUAUUGAAAUUGGAAGAAAGCAUACAUGGCCGUACCAGCAACUUUGCUACAGCAGAUUGGCAAUCCAUUGAUCCAUGCAUGCCGCCAAGUCCGGAAUCACAACAAGCUAUUCGAAAGGUGAGGAUGGCAUGGUCUUCAAGCUGA